UCCCACCCUCGCCCUCUCAAUCGCCCUCUGUCCGACGCACUUUCGUCUUCACAAUCUGGCCCAUCUCCCACAAUGAGCUUCGCGGCUCCGGCUGUGUCCAUCACAGCCGCCCUGCCCGGGCGUCUUGCCUGCGCGACGCGGGCAUGCCACCGACCGAUAUACGCUGCCUCAACACACAAAUGGCAGCCCCAAAAACGUGCUCCCCAGAUCCGGUCAUUCCACUCCACCCACCCUCGCCUCGCAUCUCCUUCAGACCCCUACUCGACCCUCGGCGUCAACAAAAGCGCAUCCGCUAGCGACAUCAAGAAAGCGUACUACGGUCUAGCCAAGAAAUACCACCCAGACACGAACAAAGACCCGGGGGCGAAGGACAAGUUCGCCGCGGCGCAGUCGGCGUACGAGGUGCUCUCUGACCCGAAGAAGCGGGAGGCGUUUGAUGCGUACGGCCCUGCGGCGUUUGACCAGAACGGGGGCUUCAAUCCUCAUGCUGGGCAAGGCGGACCGGGGCCUGGAAACCCCUUCUCUGGCUUCGGUGGCUUCGGCGGCGGUGGUGCGCAAGGCGGGUUCGGGGGCGCGCAGGGGUUUGGUGAUAUCAAUUUCGAGGAUCUGUUUAGUGCAUUUGGGGGUGCGCAGGGCGGGAGAAGAGGAGGGAAGAAGGCGAGGGGGAGCCCGUUUCAGGAGGAGGUGCUGGUGGGGGAUAAUAUUGAGGUGCAGACGAAUAUCUCGUUCAUGGAUGCGGCGAAUGGGACGAACAAGACGAUUACGAUCACACCAUUGGUCAAGUGCGGGACUUGUACGGGGAGCGGGCUGAAGCAAGGGGCGAAGAGGACGGAGUGUAAGAGCUGUGGGGGAACGGGGACGCGGGUGCAUGUUAUGGGGGGGUUCCAGAUGGCGAGCACGUGUACGACCUGCGGUGGUGCGGGAGUCACGGUUCCAAGAGGUGCAGAGUGUAAGACUUGUCAUGGGGAUGGUGCUGUGAGAGAGCGGAAAACGGUCACAGUGGAAAUACCAGGAGGAGUGGAGGACGGCAUGCGGUUGAGGGUCAAUGGCGAGGGAGAUGCUCCGCUGACGGGCCAGUCACCAAGUUCGAACCCGCACGCUGCGAAUGGAGACCUAUACGUCUUCAUCCGGGUUGCGUCGGAUCCCAAGUUCAAGCGAAACGGAUCGGAUAUUCUCUACACGGCCGCAGUGCCACUCACGACCGCUAUCCUGGGAGGAGAAAUCCCCGUUCCUACGUUGGACGGUGAAGUCAAGAUCAAAGUGCCAACUGGCGCGGGAACUGGAGACAAGAUCACGCUGGCUGGGAUGGGUAUGAAGCAACUGGGCGGGCGGAGGAACCAAAAAGGAGACCUCCGCGUGGAAUUCAAGGUCCAGAUGCCAAAGUAUCUGAGCGUCAACCAACGGACGAUCCUGGAGAUGCUUGCGGACGAGAUGGGCGACAAGAGUGCUCACCGCAUCAUGAACCUGGGAAGCUUCUCGCAAGCAUCGGAGAACGUGAAGAAAGACGUCAAGUCGGCAAUGGGCGAGUCGCAUAAGAACGAAGGCAUCCUGAAAUCCGUAUGGCAUGGCUUGACGGGGCAGCACAAAAGCCUCGACGCGGAGGACGACGCAAAGCCAGCCACAAACGAGAAAAAGAAAGACGAGAAAGCAAAAGACGACGAAGAGGGGCCGAAGAAGGCAUCUAGAACGGGGUCAGGCACGAUGACGCCCAUGAUCUCGGUGCCGCUGAAGCAGACGAACGAGAUUGACUGGAUCACCCCGCUCAAGGCCUACAUCCGCCAGACAUACGGCGAUGACCCGGAGCGGUACUCGGAGGAGUGCGCGACGCUGAACCGGCUGCGGCAGGACAUGCGCGGCGCGGGCAAAGACAGCGCUGCGGGGAGGGACCUGCUGUACCGGUACUAUGGCCAGCUGGAGCUGCUGGACCUGAGGUUUCCCGUUGACGAGAACCACAUUAAGAUCUCGUUUACUUGGUUCGACGCUUUCACGCAUAAACCCACCUCCCAAUACUCCCUCGCCUACGAGAAGGCUUCGAUAAUAUUCAACAUCUCCGCUGUGCUUUCCUGCCAUGCUGCGCUUCAGAACCGCCAUGAGGAUACGGGCCUCAAGACUGCGUAUCACUCGUUCCAGGCAUCGGCUGGCAUGUUUACGUAUAUAAACGAGAACUUUCUACACGCACCCUCGACAGAUUUGAGUCGGGAGACUGUAAAAACACUAAUAGCGAUAAUGCUAGCACAGGGCCAGGAGGUCUUUUUAGAGAAGCAGAUAUCAGAUGGGAAGAAGGUGGGGUUGUUGGCGAAGUUGGCGAGUCAGGCUGCCUAUCUAUAUGGCCAAGCGCAAGAAGGAACGCAGGACAAUGUGACGAGGGCUGUCUUUGAGAAAGUGUGGUUGUUGGUCACUCAGGUCAAAUUCAACUACAUGUCAUCUCUGGCCCAAUACUACCAGGCUCUCGCGGAUAACGACGCAAACGCACACGGAGUAUCAAUUUGUAGGCUCACCGUUUCUGAAAGCCAUGCACGAGAAGCAAAUCGGACCGCGAAUGCUUUCCCAACCUCUGUUCCCACCAAUUCGAACCUCACAUCGGAAACCGGCAUAUUUCUGGCAGAUAUGACGAGGAAGCAUCUUCAGAACAUUCAGGAGAAAAUUGCGGAGUUCACGAAGGACAACGACUUCAUUUAUCAUCAGGGUGUUCCGACGGAAGCCUCGCUCUCCCAGAUCCCGAAACUACCAGCGGCGAAGGCAAUCCCGGUCAGCGAGCUGUAUCAAGGUCAGGAUAUACAAAGGAUAAUUGGACCCGACAUUUUCAACAAGAUUGUACCCAUGGCGGUGACGGAAUCUGCGAGUUUGUACGAUGAAGAAAAGGCAAAGCUGAUAAGAGCGGAGAGCGAGAAGGUGGAGAUUGCGAACGACGAGAUGGCUGCAAGCUUGGACUACCUGAAGCUUCCAGACAGUCUGAACAUCCUGAAAGGUGGCAUGGAUCAAGAGAUGAUGGUGGACGACGAGUUUCGGAAAUGGUGCGAGGAUCUUGCUGGCCACGCCCCUUUCACAAACGCAUUUGACCAGCUGAGCACGGACAAGUCCGAGAUAACGGCGAUGCUGGACCACAGCAUGAAGCAGUUAGACAUGGAGGAAAGCGUGUGUGAGAAGAUGCGAUCGAAGUAUGGGCCGGAAUGGACACAGCAGCCAAGCUCGAGGCUCACAGCAACUCUACGGAGUGACAUCAAGAACUACCGGGGGGCGAUUGACGAAGCUAGCACAAGCGAUGCUCAGCUCUACAGUACUUUCAGGCAAUGCGAAUCCGACUUUGAUGAGAUGCGGUCGGCUGGGGAGACGGAUGAGGCGGACGUUCUCUACCAACGUGCGAUGAUCAAGGCUGGCGCGUCAAGAGGUAAAGGGAAGGGCGCCAGUCCGUCGUCUGCCGAAAACCUCAUCGACGAUGAUUUUGAGGGCGGUCCAAGUGUUGCCGAGCAAAUAUCGCAUGUGGAAGACUUGCUACGGAAACUUAAUCUCAUCAAGAAGGAACGCGCUCAGGUUCUGAAGGAUCUCAAAGACAAGGUUCACAGCGAUGAUAUAUCGAACCUCUUGAUCCUCAACAAGAAAUCUAUAUCGAAUCAGGAGACUCAGGUCUUCAAGGCCGAGCUCGAGAAGUUCAGACCGCACCAGAACCGAUUACUGCAGGCGAACCAUAAGCAGACCUCUCUGAUGAAGGAACUCACCCGAACAUACAGCGACCUUCUACAAGAUAAGCGAGUGCGUUCAGAGCAGACGAAGUACGAGGCGUUCUCACGGCAGCGAUCUUCCGUCAUGACCAAAUACCGAAAGGUCUACCAGUCUUUCAACGACCUCAUUGCCGGCCUUCUGCGAGCCCAGGGUUUCUACUCGGAAAUGAAAGAGACGGUGGAGAGCCUCCAAAAGAACGUUGAUACCUUCGUGAACAACCGACGAUCAGAGGGCGGGCAACUCCUCACCAAGAUCGAAAGCGCACGAAGCAGCGGUGCCGGUGCCCAAGCAGAUCGCGAGCAGGAGAGGCUAAAGGAGCUAAUGGAACGGAUGUCAAUGGAGCCACCAUCCAGCUCGCCUUCCAACGGCGCCCCAAAACCAAAGCAACACCGCCCCCCAGCAAUCCAAACAUCCCUCCAGCCCAAAAACAGCACCGGCUUCGCCCAAUCCGCCCACCCCCAUUACAACCCCGCCGCCUCUCCCCCCAUCACGCCCCGCUACCCCCUCACCGCCCUCCCAGGCGGCCACCAACAACAACAACAACAACAACAACAACAGCAAAACCAGUACAUGUCCCCCCAAUCCUCCUACCAACAGCCCCAAAACAACGGCUUCCAACCCCCACCCCCGCAGCACCGCGAAUCCUACCCCCGCAAUGAACCCUACAACCCAAACGCCUACGGGCCCGUCUCGCCCCCCGCGCACCAGCAGUACUUCUCCCCGCCGCCGCCGAACCCCUACGGCGGGCCUCAGAGCUCGGCGUACCCCAGCGCGACGACGCCGAACCCGCAUCAGCAGACGCAUGGCCAGAGCCAGUAUGGCGCCGCCAUCCCGCCCGGGUAUGUGCCGCCGCCGCCGCCGCCGGGCCCGCCGCCGAGCCAGAGUCAGGACUUUGGCGGGUUUGGCGCCAGUGGGGGGAAUUAUCCGAGUGGGCCGGGGGGGUAUGCGCAUGAUCCGAGGAGACCGCCUCAGGGGGGGCAGGGGAGUCAGGGGCAGGAUCCGUGGGCGGGGUUGGGGAAGUGGGCGUAG